AGUUUAUCAAUUUUGUUUAAGCUGUGUAUGUUUGUUUACUUGCCUGCAAUAAUAUUUCGGUUCUCAUUUGCGUCAUAUAAUUAAUUCAUACACUUAGGAAAGUACUUAAGCUGUAAAUACUAAUUAUUAUGUCAAAACGUAAUGUAGCAUUUAUUAAACCUGAAGAGCCUGAUUUCCUGAAACGACUGAAAGCACAAAUCGGCUACAAAGAGGGUCCGACCGUUGAAACAAAGAGACAACAAGUACAGAACCUGGAUGAUUCGGAUGAAGAAUAUGAUGAACGAGAAGAUGAGAAACCACAGGUUGUAGUUUUAAAAGCAGGUGAUUUGACAGCGGAAGAGGCCGCCAGUGCUGAAAAAGAGGAAAGUGAGAAACCGGCAGAUCUAAGUAAAAAAAUAGUUUUUAAGUCUAGAAAGGCAAAAAAGGAUGAUCUUACGGAAACACCACUAAGGGAAAGACAGAAAAAAAGCCACAAAGACACCAAAAGUAAACUUUCGUUUAUGGGUGAUGAUGAUGAGGAUGAUGACGGGUAAGUGAUGAAGAAAUUAAGAUUUGAAAGUAUAAAAUAAAUGUAAUUGUAAGGUACACAUAACGUUAUUUAAACUGUGAACAGGCCUUGCUGAAAAAUUCUAGGUCACGAUAUUCACAAUAACAAUAGUUUAUCAAUAAAUAUUGCUUAAUUACUCUGUGCUCUUAACCAUAUCAAAACUCGAACUAGAAAAAAAUAGGUUUAACAAAUAAAGUCCUGCUUAUUUUGAAAUA